AGAGAUUCCCGGUGUUGGGUUCCCCAGAAUUGCAUAGGCCGGCGGCGCACGGCUCAGUCUUCGUCGGGUGGUCACUUCAGGGCUUGUCAAGCUCGAUUGAGUGGUAUCGGUGGUGCGCCUUGGCUCCAAGAUGAUCCUCCGGCUGUCGGAUUGCAAUAGUGUUGCUUUCUCCAGGGGCAAUUGCUCAUGUGUUCAGGAUGGAGUUACUCAUGUCUUUACGGUAGAAUUUGAUAUGUUGUGAUAUUCUAUUCAUAUCUUUUUUACAUUAUUAAACCUUUCAAUGGAUUAUCGUACCAAUUUGGAUGAUUGGACUUUACAAUUAUUUUGUCGAAUUAAUAUGCAUAAGGUGACCGUAAAUGGGAUAAUUUAGCAUAGGGGGUUGUGUGUGGGUCUUUUACAUCUAAAUGAGCAAUACAUGUGGACAGAACAAAAAUAUACAGGUUGCAGUUUUCCUGUAUAACAAUUAUACGUGUUUUUUUUAUGAAAAUAGGCUUCUUGUAUCGCCUGGCUCAUAGGUGGUUUCUCUCAAACAAACUUGUUUUUUUUAUUGUACGCAAUUAGGAUUAAAUCUGAGUUACUAGGUUGUAUAUAUGUACUGUAUCAUCUAGUCAAAAAAUGUAAGUUAUCAGCAUAUGUUUCUGUCUAGUUUCCAAAUAUGCUGGCCCAAAACAUACCACCAACAAGUUGACCAUAUUGUACAAAGUAGUGAGAAUGACCACCUUGUUUGCAUGACAAAGGCAUUGAUGUAUUGCCCCACAUAGUUGCCUCAACAAUGAAGGCCUGCUAGUCAGGCCAAACCCAUCACAAAGGCAUUGAUUUGGCCAAUUGUGUUCUACUGUACUUGUGCCUGGUCCACUAUUUCAACCUCAAGCUUUUAGUCUAAUACAACAAACCUAAUUGUUUGAGUGCCUUAUUUAUCAUGGAAAUACGUGAGUCCCUUGCAAACCACCAAUUGGCGUAAUUAGUCGAAAUUAAUAAGGUUGUGUAAUUUUUUUAAUUAUGGAGUAAUGCCAAAUCCAUGCUUGGGGAAUGUACAAAACUAUAAUUUCCGGAAACUUCUAGAAAUUGUCAAAAAUAGAAAGACAGCCUAUAUAUUUAAUUGCUUUCCAUAUUAGUAUGUAGCAAUUACACUUAUCCUACAGCUGUGCCAUCUUGCGGCUCAUGCCAUCAGGUUAUAUAUGUCCGUUUUCUUCGCCCAGGUUUGCGCAAAUCGAAGCGAGAAUUAUUAGGUGCAUAAGAAAUCUAUAUUCUGCGGGUAUGUACAAUCUUCUGCGCCUUUUUUUCCCACAUGUCAAUCUAGUUAUGCAGUAUUUUUCGAUUUGCAUAAGUUUAGUCAUUUGUUCUUGUACAAUCUAUUUUAGAUCUUUGUGAUCCCACAAUUGGUACUUGCCAGAAUUCUAAAUCUAAAUAUCAAUAUGGUGUUAGCUGUCGUUGACUUUGUAAUCAGGAUGUAGUAAAUUUAGCAAACAUUCAUGGUAUGGAAUCGAUGCACCAAAGCAUGCUUUUCACGAUCUGAUAGGUAGGAUCCUUCUCAGGUUAGCAUAUGUUUUGGUUGGUUUAAGAUCAUGACCCAAGAUCUGGAUCACUAUCAAAUUCGAUCUUACUCUUAGCGCUGAACUAUAGAUCCAAACGGUCCCAAAGGGAUCUAGUAAAUUGACUGGGAAGUUGGAAUUUCGGCUACCUCUUGUGAAAGGUGCAAAUCUCUGAAGGGGAUAUGAGUGCGAUGGUGCUAUCGAAAUAUGCAUCAUGAUAUUUACGCACAAAAUAUUUUUAAAUAUUAUGAAAUAUAAUUUGACUGGUUAUCCGCGAUUAAUAUUUUGUAUCCCUUUCUGCUCUAUAUAUUCACGUAUGCUGCUGGUGUUUCUAUCUCAUUUAAGAAAUAAACAUGUUCACCGUAUUUUUUAUAUGUAUAUGAUGUGGAUAUGGUUUUUCUACUAUCGGACCGAAUUUGAUCCGCUCCCACCCUUGUCACAAUCUUCUGUUCUUUUUCUUCUUUUGAAACCAUCUGGUGGGAAAUAUUCAACUAAGCUAUCCACUCUCUAGCUAUAUGUGCUUUAUGGAAGACCUGCGGGGCCUUGGUGUAGUUCGAAAACCGCCAUUGCCACUAUUCUCUGCUGGUACAAUCUAAGCCGUUUAUAUGUUAAAUCUUAUAUAUACUGUAGUUCAGUGCCUUUCAAAUGAUUAGGACAAUUCUUGCUGAGUGGAAUUUAGUUUCAAUGUGCAGAGUUCAUUCUGUUUGGGGGACUAAGUUUUUUUGGUGGCUUGGAAACUGCUGUGAAAUUUAGCCAGAUUGGUUCUGUUGAUUUCUGUCAACCAUUUAGUCUGUUCGUUUUUUCUGGUGCAAAUUAGAUCAUACAUGUGUAUUUUCAGAAUUUUAACUAUGCAGUUUUCUGCGCUAGUUCUAUUUGUUUGAACUUCUCUAAUUUUCUGAAGUAGCAGAUAAUUAUGUUUCAUAUAGUUUUUGGAAGAUUGUAACAAGGAAAUUUACUCGGUGUUUGAAACUGGUCUUAAAAGUGAGUCACGCAUGAUCAAACUCAUUUAAAGACAUUGCACAAAAACUUAUUUUGUAACCAAGGAGGCUUGCACUAUCUUGACUGUCUUUGAGAUUGUCUUUACGAUUGAGCUAAAUAAUACUUUUUAUUGUUUUUCACAGUGCUGAGAAGACCAUAGAUUUCCGACAAGCCAGGUCAAGCAGUGGACAUGGAACAACAGCCUCAGCCUGCAAUGGGUGAUCUUGAUGGUGGAUCACUUGUGUAUCCUGCUUCAGCCUAUGGUCAUGCAGCAACAGUAGCUAUUGGUGUCACUCCAGCCGGUUCACAGCCAACAGCACAACCACUCCCUUCUAAUCCAGCUCAGGUCAGUGCUCAGAACCAGCUUCUCUACGAGCAAUCGCAACAAUUUCAGCAGCAGCAACAGAGGCAACUCCAGCAGUUCUGGGCGGAACGUCUGUCCGAGAUCGAGCAGCCCACUGACUUCAAGAACCACGUGCUGCCACUCGCCAGAAUAAAGAAGAUCAUGAAGGCCGACGAGGAUGUCUGCAUGAUCUCAGCCGAUGCUCUGGUGAUCUUCGCAAAAGCCUGCGAGAUGUUCGUCCUGGAGCUGACGCUGCGUUCAUGGAUGCACACCGAGGAGAACAAGCGCCGUACCUUGCAGAAGAAUGACAUUGCGACUGCCAUCACCAGGACUGAUAUCUACGACUUCCUAGUGGACAUAUUUCCCAGGGAUGAGAUGAAGGUGGAGGGAGUGGGGCUUCCAAGGGCUGGACAGCAGGCUCCGGCCGAUGCUUGCCAGUAUUACUACGCGCAGCAGGCUCAGCAGCAGGUGCCUGGUGCACCAAUGGUGUAUGGUGGGCAGCAGGGCCAGCCGGUGACUUAUGCGUAUCAGGAUCCUCAGGAACAGCAGCAGGGGCCUCCCGCGGCGCACCAAUCUUUUGAUGAAAGUGGCUUAGGUGGUGAGACGUGUGCUGCCCUGAAGGCUGAAGCUGCCUCCAGAUUCAGAAACCUCAAUUUUGUCUAGACAUUUUUUGUUUUUUUAAGUUUCGCGUUAGCUUUAUAUGAUUGUUAGAAUUGGUUGAACCUAGUUGUUCUGAUUAUGGAGAUUGAGGAGUUCCUCCAUGGAUGAUUUGUUUCUGUCGUGGUGUCGUACUAUCGUUAUGGAAGGUUUAUGUUUUUGAGAUAAUUUGGUUAAAUUUUUA